ACGAUGACAGACGAACGUAAAACAAUCGCGAAGAAAUAUGACAACCUCAGCGAGUACAGCAUACAAGUGAAUCGAUUGAUCCUGACGCCAAUAGGAGCCUGGCCUGAUUUAAACAUCACCACUCUCGAGAAGAUCCGGUCACGGAUUUUAAACGUCAUUUGCUGGUGCUUUUGGCUGUUCACUAUGAUUCCUGGCGUACUGAACAUCAUCCUCGAGAAAGAGGACAUCUACAUAAAACUGAAGACACUUGGACCGCUCUGUGACUGGGGUGUCGGAGGAUUCAAUUACGCUAUGCUAUUGCUACGCAGAAACGACAUACACGAUUGCCUGGAACACAUAAGAACCGACUGGAGAAUGAUCACGAGGUUGGAGGAUCAACAAAUGAUGCUGAAGAACGCGAAGCUCGGCCGUUACGUCGCGGGUUUCUGCGCGGCUUUCAUGCAAAGCGGUGUCUUUUGCGCCUGCAUUCUAUUUGGAGUUGUUACGCAAACUGUCGAGGUUGGAAACGAGACCCUAAUCAUCUACACCUUGCCCUGCCCACCAUAUAAACUUCCAGUUCAAACGAAAUCGAUCCACGACAUCAUUCUUGGCACGCAGUUCUUGUCGGCGUUCAUCUCGAUUUCAAGUACGACCGGUGUAUUUAGUCUCGCUACCGUAUUCGCGAGCCAUGCACUCGGUCAGUUGAACAUAAUGGUUGCAUGGGUCGACGAGUUUGUGAAUCAACAUUCGAGACAUCAAAACAACAAUGCCGGUGUUAACAACGUAGGUGCAAUCGUUGAACAUCAUUUGAGAGUGCUGAGUUUCAUAGCACGUAUUGAAAGUAUAAUGAGCCCGAUAUGCUUCAUGGAAAUGUUCAAGAGCUUGCUGGGUAUGUGCAUGCCUAGCUAUUACAUCCUUGCGGAAUUGUCGGAAUUUAAUAUUCGGAACUUAACUGUAUAUUCUAUGGUAUUAAUAUCUAUGACAUGCAACAUUUUUUUGAUAUGUUACAUCGGUGAGGUACUAACUGAAAAGUGUAAGGAAAUUGGUGAUACGGUUUACAUGACGGAAUGGUAUCAUCUGCCAAACAAAGAUAUUCUUAGUUUCAUUAUGAUCAUUUCACGAUCCAGCGUGGAAGUUAAAAUGACUGCCGGAAAGAUAAUUGACAUGUCGUUAUUCACAUUCGCCACUAUAGUAAAAACAGUUUUUGCGUAUUUAAAUAUGCUGUGUCAGACAACACUGUAAGCUGCACAUGUAUUCAGUCUAUGCUUAGAUAAUAAAG